AGAGCCUCGCGGCCCAGGCAGCGGCGACACCCCGCCGCCGCCGCCCCGGCGCGGCCCGGCCACCCUGCACCGCCAUGGCCGCGGGCCGCCUCGCGGCGGCCCUGCGCGCGCAGGAGGCCGCGCUGCAGUCGGAGGGCUUCGUGGUGAAGAACUGCUUCAUCGACGAGAGCCCCUGCCAGCCGCCCGAGGUGCCCCGCGCCCGGGGCCACUCCGCGCCGCCCUGGCCCGCCGCGCCGCCCGGCGCUCCCGCUGGGCGCCCGCCGGCCCGGGCGCGCGGCGGCGGCGGGGCACCCGGCAGCGCGCAGGAGAUUCCGACGACGACGCCUUCGCCCAGGCACUGAGCCUACCCAGCGGCCGCAGGUGCCCUUCCUCCUCGCCGGACUCCGCGCGCGGCGAGGGCUCCGACGACGACGCGGCGAGCCCGCCGACGGCCCCGACGCCAUCUGGUCGGGGUGCGACGAG